ACAAUGAAUAUUAUCAGGCGAUGAAAGAGGGUGGCAGUUUCCUGCUUGCGAAUUCAUGUCUCCCUUGUCCACGGUAUCAAAAGCUUCCCUUGUCCACGAGGAGAUGUAUUGACAGCCCUCAUAGUGAUGAGGAGAAGGCGAUGUUUUGCCCGACCAUGAUUGUGCACCAACUCUUCUGGUAAAGCCAAUCGUCUCAACUGCGUGCGCACUCUGACGUUUGAGUCCAGAUUGUGAUUCCCUAUACAAUCGAGUGUGCUCUACUACUUGGUUCUUUUGUAGUAAAAGAAGGGAUGAUUAAUGCAGCAGACUGGUCCUCGGCUGUUUCCCAGUUCGACCUAAGGAGGAAUGAAAUUUGGAUAGCUGUGUACAGGCAGAAAAGAAUUAAGAGUCUGCAGUUGUCUGUGCUGCCACAUCUGUGAAGAUGGAUAGUAGAUGUUAUGGCUGCGCAUCUAAGUUUACAGUCUUCAAGAAACGGUAUGGAUGCAAGAACUGUGGCCGAGCAUUCUGCUCUGGCUGCCUUGGAUUCAGUGUGACUGUUCCCCGUUGUGGAAACACUCAACAGAAAGUGUGCAAGCAAUGCCACAAGGAAUUAACCAGUGGAUCGCCUCUGUCCAGUGCAGCUAAAUGGUCCCCACCAGAGAACUAUAAAAAGCGUGUAGCAGCCUUUGAGGCCAAGCAGAACCAGCCACAGGUUCCUCAUAAGGGCCUGGUGAAAUCCAAAAGUCAAACGGACUCCAGAUAUCGAGGGCUAUCCAAAGAGGAUCGAGCUAUAGCAGAGAGACUAGAAAAGCUCAAGAAGGAAUCAAAGUCCAAGUCCGUUCCAUCACAGGCUGAACUAGAGUCCAGGCUGGCAGCAUUGAAAGAUGACCCUGCAAAACCCAUUCCAUCCACCCAAGAGAUGGAAAACCGCCUGGCGGCCUUGCAGGGCAGACCACUUCCCUCCAAUGCUCCCAGACCAGUUCACCAACUCUCCAAUGCCAAAACACAAGCUGAGCAGUCAGAUGACCUCCUGAACCAGAUGACGGAGGAAGUUGCUAUAGAUCAGAGCAGAAACUCAGGUGUUUUACCUCAAGAAAUCAACACACACAGCUUGAACGACUUAAAUCGAACUGAUGGGUUCACUAGUGUUGCUGAUAUGGAGCCCAAACAGCUGGAAGAAGAGAAGAAUAAACUUCUAGCAGAGGCUGCUGCUGAGCUGCGGGAAGAGAACACCAGGCAGGAGAAGAUUCUAGAAGUGGCCAAGCGAUUGGCCAUACUCAGAGGCCAAGACCCUGAGCAAGUUACUCUGGAUGACUAUAAACUCCCCAACAGUGACGAAGAAAUGGAAGAAGAAGAGGCCAUUCAAAGAGUUUUGAAACAGCUUACUGAAGAAGCAGCUCUGGAUGAAGCCAGUGGCUUCAAUAUUGCCCCGGAUCAAUCCACCCAGCCAGAAACUGCGCAGCAGAAACCAGUCAAGAAACCUAAGCAGGCACAAGCUUCAACAUCUGCUAAACCCCCCAUCUUGCCUGCUAAGGCAUCAGACAGUGAUGAGGAAGAGUUGCCCUGGUGCUGUAUCUGCAAUGAAGAUGCCACCCUGCGCUGCCAUGGCUGCGAGGACGACCUCUAUUGCCACCGAUGCUUCCGGGAAGGCCAUGAUGAGUUUGAUCGGAAGGAGCACCGAACAUCUAGCUAUCGCCCUCCUCAGAAGCAAAAAUGACCCUGUCGAAGGUGAGAAGAGAAAAAGACGUCAAAUGGGAGAAGGAAAAAUUGCUGUUGAUGUGGAAGAUGUCCAGGACAGGUUGCCAUUGCAGACUCAGCUGUAAGCUUUCUGGACAAUGCAACACUGAGAAGUCUGGAGGGAAAGCAGUUGUCCCUGGCAAAAUCAAGGCAGCUACUGUGGGGCUUAAUGGUACGCAACAUCUUUCCACAGGUAGCAUUGUGAGUAAGCCAGUGAUGCUAAGGGGGAGGGUGUGUGAGAAGAAUGUCAUGCUUUCAAAAGUGAGUAAUAUUGUACAAGUAACUCCAAAACAGGAUGAGGUGCACAGAAUAAUGUUGCAUAGGUAAUAAAUUAUAUGCAAGAA